CGCACGCGAGCCAUAGUUUUGACGGUCGUACACGUUCGAUGUUUGAAUGUUCGCUCGUCGCUUACUUUUUCUUUAAAAGUUCAAGAUAAAUCAGUCACCAUUCCGCGUUUAAAAGAGGGAAGAAUUGUCUGCUGCGACCCUGCGGUGAAGGGCGGCCAUACUGCGAAAAUCUACUCCAACUGCCCAGAAGCUGACUUCCUGAAGAAGGAAAAGUUCGAAUUCACCUUCAACGUGGAUUCCGACCCAAGCUAGCGUUUGCUAAGGGUGCAUUUUUGAGAACAGUCGUCAUCCUUUCUAGGUAAUUGUUCAAGAUGAAGUGUUCUCUUGGAGAAGAUGUCAUACUUGACAUAUUGGAGGAUCAGUUGUCCUGCGUGGAUAUUAUUGAACGGAAACUUUGUGCCUUGGGGAGAGAGGACCCUGAUGAUGCCUUUUAUAUAGUAGACCUGGCUGAUGUUCUUCUUAAACACAAGAAGUGGGUUUCUCUUCUUCCUCGAGUAGAACCUUUUUAUGCAAUGAAGUGUAACUGUGAUCCUGUAAUCCUAAAGAUGUUAGCAGGGUUGGGAAUUGGUUUUGAUUGUGCAAGCAAGAUUGAAAUGCAAACUAUGUUAGGGAUGGGUGUACCCCCAUCUAAGAUUGUGUAUGCCAAUCCUUGCAAGCAGGCUUCUCAUCUCAGAUUCUCUGAGAAGCAUGGAAUUUCCUUGAUGACUUUUGACAAUGAGCUGGAGUUGCACAAGAUCAAAGAGUUGCACCCUGCAGCAAAAUUACUUCUGCGCAUCAGGACAGAUGACUCCAAGUCCCUCUGCCAGCUUGGAAUCAAGUAUGGUGCUCCUUUGAAGCAAUGUCGUCAUCUUCUUUCUGUUGCCCAUGCACUUAAUUUGAACAUAAUUGGAGUAAGUUUUCAUGUUGGCAGUGGAUGCUAUGAUGCAAGUGCAUAUGCAACAGCCAUUUCAGCUGCUCGAAGUGUGUUUAACGUUGCUGUUGAGAUGGGAUUUGAAUUUUCAAUGCUUGACAUUGGUGGUGGUUUCCCUGGAGCGCCAGAUGCGGCCAUUACUUUUGAAGAGGUUUGUUCUAUUCUGAAUCCACUAUUGGAGGAACAUUUCCCAGUAAGCUCAGGUAUCCGCAUCAUAGCAGAACCAGGCCGUUACUAUUCUGCAUCAGCCUGUACUCUUGUUGUCAAUGUUGUUGCUUGUCGUUCUGUGAAGGCCAGUCAGUUUAAUGGAAAUGAUCUGACCAUUGGUACUCCUGAGUACAAGGACUCUGAUGAGCUGGGUUUCAUGUAUUACAUCAAUGAUGGUGUGUAUGGUUCCUUUAACUGCCUGGUCUUUGAUCAUGCAACUGUGCACCCUGAAGUCUUUGGUGCUGAAGAAACUGCUCCAAAAUUUCCUUCAAGCAUUUGGGGCCCCACUUGUGAUUCUUUGGACUGUAUCACCAAGAGUGCAUUCUUGCCAAGGAUUCAAGUUGGGCAGUGGCUUUAUUUUAGAAACAUGGGAGCCUAUACUUGCUCAGCAGCUUCUACCUUCAAUGGAUUCAACAAACCUAUGAAGUACUACACUAUUUCUAUCAGCUGCUGGCCUAUGCUGAAAAAAGUCUUGGAGAAGAUUGGUUUGAAUGUGCACUGGCCUUGUCACAUCUCUGUAGAUCACAAGACGGCCAUUGGUAAUGGUCCUGAAUCCUUGGAAAUAAUUACCUCAGCUCCAUAACUUAAGAGGGAAGAGAGAGAAGAAAACCUGCUCCUCUUUGAUUAAUCUCUUCCCUAGUGAACUGAGAACCAAACAUAAGGAUUAGAAAGGGUUGCUAUUACAAUAAGCAGAAUACAAAUAUUAUACCAGAUUUAACGUUUUGAAGUUAGGUACCCAUAUUUAAAAACUCGACAUUGUUACAGAGGUAGAACUGAAGUGUUACAAGUAGUUUUAAGUUGCUUUAGUAUCUAAUCAAUAACAACAUGAGAUAACCGUGAUUCCACUUAUUUGAUAGAGAUUUGUGGCUGUUCAUCGUUAUGUUUAUGCUAUGGCUUAGCAUGAGGUCUCUUGGCAAUGCACCAAAGAAAAGGGUAGAUUUAUAAAUUACAAUAUGUCAUAAUCGUGUGAAAGGAGAUUUUAUUCGUUAUAGUCAUGGAUUUUCCUUACACUAGUCAUGUUACUGUUGAGUUGUUGUACAACAUAGCAGUGAAAGGUUAUUUAAUAUUAAGAAUUGUGUUGCUGGUCUCUCCACAAGGGUUGUUGGGCAUACAAAAUGUAAUAGCUCCACAAAUGCGCAAUUAUAAAACCAAAUUGGAGUUGACUGAGUUUUAAAAACGCUGUAAUUGUUAAUUCAUGAAAGAAAACUAAUAAAUCUGUAGUUAAAGGG